AGGGUUUGCAAAUAAUCCCAGAAUUUGAGUGUUGCAAUUCUGUAUGUACAACUGAAAAAUACAAAAUGCUCCAAGGGCUGCUAGCGGUUUCCACUUCUUGAUCUCACAAGACUUACAGCUGCAACAAGGGUGUUAUCACAAGAGCAAAGUGGGAGGGAAGGAUUCCAGUCUUUCUAACCAGACUUUAUGAGUAACAGACCAGCUUCACGCAAGCAGCUCAGUGGAAAACAUCCAGUGUUACUUGGACUGGUCACACCAAGGCCUCCCUCUCCUCUGUUGGAACUUGUCAAGAAAACACUGCCUGCAGCACCAUGUUGCAGACAGUCAGUGAGUGGCUGUGGUGGGAACGUUUGUGGCUGCCAGUAAAUGUCUCCUGGUCAGAUCUUUUGGACAAAGAAGAUCGCGUCUACGCUAAAGCCUCUCAACUUUAUGCCGCACUUCCCUGCGCCCUCUGCCUACUUCUAGUCCGAUACCUCUUUGAAAGAUACGUGGCCACCCUGCUGGCUAAUGCUUGGGGGAUCAAGGACAGGGUACGCCUCUCAGCCGAACACAACCCUGUCCUAGAAAAGUACUUCUGCAGCCAAACAAGGAAUCCAGCACAGGCUGAUGUGAGCUCUUUGUGUAAGAAGACAGGAUGGACAGAAAGGAGAGUCGAAGUGUGGUUUAGGAGAAGGAGGAACCAAGAACGACCAGGGCUUCGGAAGAGAUUCUUUGAAGCCAGCUGGAGAUGUGUUUUUUAUUUUUUUGCAUUUUUUGGUGGAAUUUUGGCCCUUUAUGAUAAACCUUGGUUUUAUAAUCUGAAGGAGGUUUGGGCAGGAUUUCCUAAACAGUCUGUGCUGCCGUCACAGUACUGGUACUACAUUUUGGAAAUGGGCUUCUACCUUUCUCUUCUACUCAGCCUUACAUUUGAUGUGAAGCGGAAAGACUUCAAAGAGCAGGUGAUUCAUCAUAUAGCCACACUGACUCUUCUAAGUUUCUCCUGGAUUUCAAACUAUAUUCGUAUUGGAACCCUUGUGAUGGCGGUUCAUGACGCUUCUGACAUACUGCUUGAGGGUGCAAAGGUAUUUAACUACGGCAAGUGGCACCAGACUUCUAACUCCAUGUUUGUGGUUUUUACGGCUGUCUUUAUGGUGACAAGACUUGUUAUUUUUCCUUUCUGGCUUAUUCAUUGUACAUGGGUGUACCCACUGGAACGGUUUCCCCCCUUCUUUGGCUACUAUUUCUUCAAUGCCAUGUUGUUAGUUCUACAGAUUCUCCAUAUCUACUGGGCGUUUCUUAUAUCACGAAUGGUUUAUAAGUUUCUCUUCAGUAAGCUGGAAGGCGAUGACCGGAGUGAUGAAGACGAGGAUGAUAGUGACAUGCCUAAGGAAAAAAACCACAAGCUUAGUCACAGAAAUGGCUCUGGUAUCAGAGGUCGGGCUAAUGGUCACUGACACAAGCAUAUGGAAAGAGGGAACAUGACCAUUAAACACAUGGAUCUUGUUCCAUCUGGAGAGAGGCUAUUUAAAUAUAAUUGUGUGUAAAUUAGUAUAUGUAAAGAUUACAGUGUAUUGCAAGUAGAACAACAGCAAAGGAAUUUAAAUAACAUAAUCCUACAUCACCUGUAAUUAAAAUCAAUAACUAAUGAAA